ACCAAAAUCGAGCAUGUCAACCAACAUAUUCACCUUUCAGGAUUACAAAUCCACACCGGAUCCAAUAUAUGAAGUAAACGUAGAAUGCUUGCAGCCAUCACCUGUUCCAAUAAUUAUAGAUAAUGGUUCAUUUCAAACCCGGGCAGGAUGGGCGUGCGACGAACUUUUGUCUCCAAGACUUCAAUUCAAAUCCGUGGCGGCCCGAAGCCGAGGGGCUGCGAGGAGUGAGACUCAGAUUGGCAAUGAUAUCCCAAAUCUGGAACCGCUCCGAUGGCUUCUAAAAAGUCAAUUUGAUCGCAAUGCUGUCGUCAAUUUUGAAAUCCAAGAGCUGAUGUUCGACUAUGUGUUUAUGCAUCUAGGUAUCGCCACAGAGGGCUGUGUGGAGCACCCCGUGGUUCUGACUGAGGCUCCCUGCAACCCGCUGCACUGCCGACAGAUGAUGUCAGAACUUCUCUUCGAGUGCUAUGGUGUUCCACAAGUCAGCUAUGGCAUUGACAGCUUGUUUAGCUUCUACUUGAACAAUAGGCAACGCAGUGUGGAUACCUCGCACACAGGACUCGUCAUCUCCUCUGGUUAUUACUGUUCUCACGUUCUUCCAGUCAUCAAUGGCAGACUGGAUGCAGUCAAUUCCAAGCGGGUGAAUGUGGGAGGAAGCCAGGCUGCCAGUUACCUCCAGCGCCUGUUGCAGCUGAAGUAUCCGGGUCAGCAGCCUGCCCUCACUCUCAGUCGAAUGGAGGAGCUUCUGCAUCAGCACAGCUACGUCGCUUCAGACUACCAACAAGAGCUUGAGAAGUGGCGCAGCCCAGAGUUCUAUGAGCAGGAGGUGCAUCGCAUCCAGCUGCCGUUUUCAGCCAAGCUGGCGGGCGCUGCCGGCGUGGGGUCCGAGGAGCGCCAGGAACGGAGAGCCAAUCAGCUGCGGCGACUGCAGGAGAUCAACGCCCGACGCAGAGAGGAGAAAAUCCAGCAGGAUCAGGAGCGUCUCGACUCCCUAUUGGCAGUGCAGGAGCUGCUGGAGGAUGGGCUGGUGGAUCAGUACCAGCGGCGGCUGGUUGAGCUGAACAUGGACUCCGCUGAGGAGCUCCAGUCCUACAUCCACAAGAUCGGCAUGAACCUGGAGCUCAGUCGCCAGCGCAAUCUCCUGCAGGAGGGGCUGGACAGCAGGGCAGAGGCAUUGGAUCUUGAUCAGUCGAUGGAAGAAGGGGACGGCACAGCUGACACUGAUCCUGAUUUUGGUGAUGAGAACACAGAAGUGGAAAAAUCGGUUAAUGUUUCCCAGCCUGCAUUGAAGUUAGCAGAGUACCACCAGCUGUUUGUGGGCACAGAGCGACUGCGUGCUCCAGAGGUAAUUUUCCAGCCGUCAAUGAUCGGAGAAGAUCAGAUGGGUCUCAUGGAGACCGUGCAGUUUGUGCUGGACAGGUACACCCUUGAGCAGCAGGGGGCACUGGUGGAGAAUGUCCUUCUCACAGGAGGGAAUCUGAUGUACCCUGGGUUGCGGGAUCGUGUGGAGAGUGGACUACUGGCCAUAAGACCAUUCCAGUCAUACUUUAAGGUGAGGCUAGCAUCGCGGCCAGCGCUGGAUGCUUGGUACGGAGCUCGCGAGUGGGCUUUGCAGAACCCCCCUGGAGAACAGGGCUGGCUGAGCAAGCAGGACUACGAGGAAAAAGGAGGGGAGUACCUGAGCGAGCACGGUGCCUCAAACGUCUUCAUCCCCAUGGCCAUCAGUCGGCCUACGCAACGAGCGAACGAGGCCGCUCCCGCCUCUGAGCUCACUCUGCCCACGGAGUCGGGACAGGCAACUGGGCCUGGUGCUGUUGCCAUGGAGACCACCCCAGAAUCUGGUGCUGAUGCCUCCCUUUCAGACACCAGAGAGGCAUCUUCUAACAUACAUAGUGACACAGACCCACUUAUCUCAACAUAGAUUCAGCACAUGCUCCCGCCUCCCCAAUCAUUCCUAUUGUUUUGGACUGAAUGAAAGAAAUGUUUCUGCCUAACUGCAUCAUGUAGGAGUCAAAACACCAGAAAAUGAACUCUUCAUAGGCCGAGCAUGUGUACACCACAGUGUAUUUACCAGACUUCCGAUAGACUUUGGUUUUAGCAGUUUGUGUGUUUUAA